CGUAUGGAAAAAUAGUUGGUAUCAACACAAUGGAAUCAAGGUUUUAAUGAUAAUUCUUUCAGUCGCUGUGACGCUAUUGCUCCGUCAAAACUAAACAGAAACUGACAACGACGUCUAAGCUGAAACUGAUAGUUGCGACAGAAAGAAACAAAAACGUUGCGGACUCCGUUUGUUGACGUGACUAUUAUGGCGCUUUCCAAUCACAACGCCGAGGAAGUCGCCGACGAGACGGCGGAGGAUUUCUCGUCUCGCGUGGUGCGUCAGAUCACCGGUGGACUGGCGUGCCUUGGGAUCGCCAUGGGCGUGGAGACUGGGCUCUUCGAUGUCCUGAUCUCGCUGGGAGGGGACCCCAAGACCAGCCAGGAGAUUGCGGACAUAGCUGACCUCAAGGAGAGGUACGUCCGUGAGUGGCUUGGGUGCAUGGCAGCCUCGGACAUCGUGACCUUCGAACCUGCGCAGGAGAGAUACUGGCUUCCUGCGCACCGUAUGGGCAUCUUACAGUCAAGCAUGUUGUCCAUGGCCAUUCCGUGUCUUGCCGGUGGAUUCUUCGAGGUGGCUGAGUGCUUCAAGAAAAACGGACCUGCAGGUGUCGAAUACGACAAGUAUCCCAAACUGGACGAAGUCCUAGACAAGUUGCACCAACCAUUCUUCCGGGAUCAGUUUCUGCAGGAGUUUAUUCCAUCAAUGCCCAAGCUGCUUCAGCAACUCAAGCGAGGAAUUCAGGUGCUGGAGGUCGGCUGCUGCGAGGGCGACUCCCUGAGGAUGCUCGCCUCUUGCUUCCCAAAGACCGCCGUCUACGGCCUGGACAUCUCCCCGACGGUCAUCAAACAAGCCCGGGUCAAGACAAAAGAGUUGGGUCUGACCAAUCUGGAGUUUGUCUGCGAGGAUGUCUGCGCGAUGCCUGCCGACUGGACCUGGAAGUUCGACUAUAUUUUUAUCUACUUCGUGCUCCAUGACUUGUCGUACCCCGACACCGGCCUCAGGGAGAUGUACCGGGUGCUCAAGCCAGGUGGCACGUUGUCCGUUGUCGACACGGUCACCCACACCAAACUCCAGGACAACAUCGCGGACGAGGACAAAGGCUACGUCCUGACUCAAUUCACCAUGAGUUUGAUGAACUGCCUGCCGGUGUCCUCACACCCGGGGGACGGGGCGGGACUCGGGGCCAUGUGGGGCAGGGAGAAGGCCCGUGAGAUGCUGGAAGAUGCAAACUUUGAGGUGUUGUCCAUUAGCGCUACAAACGCGGAGUUGAACGGGCUGCACUACCUGUGCAGUAAACCGAUUUGCGAAAACAACAACAUGCGCAGUAACGGGACUAACGGGAUAUAGCUUGAUGCCUAAUUUUAUGGAGCAAUACUGAGUGGGAAUGUCGCUAAGCAGAUUUAUAUCGCAAGCAAAAAUCAGUUGAGAACCAGCCGCAAUUAUCAGUAUACACAGGAUAGCAUUUUGGCUGGUAACGUGUUUUUUUUUAAGCAAAUAGGUUCCGCGCUUAGCAGAUCUUUGUGCAUAAUAGCAUGUGAAAUUGGCCGUAUAGGAGUGUUGGUCCCGCGUAUGAACGAUGCGUUCUUGAGGCUAUUUUACCGCAGGGGGUUAGUAUUGCGCUUGGUCUGCUCCCUCUCACUGGUGCAUCUUGGGAAGCUGGGACAUAUGGAGAUGUAUAAUAAAACCGCAUUGAACUAUGGGCUUGAUGCACAAGUCGGCCAUUUUUGUCUGUUCCCCUGAAUGUGUUUCAUAAAUUGUGAACUGUUAAACGGGAUGGUGCCAGACUAUUUAUUCAUAUAGCCUCACUUUCAUUAUUUUUUUUAAAAUGGGACAUAAAACAUUAGAGAAUAUUUAAUCAUUUUUUAAUUAUUCAUC